AUGGAUGUUAGGAAUAAAACAUUUUCGAGUACGAAAGUUAAAUCAAAAGGCAAUGUAAAAGAGGAAAAGGAGAAGCAUACAGAAUUAGCUGGAAAAAUAGACGAAACAGACGAAAUGAAAUUGAAAAUGUUGGCCGGAUUGGACAAAGCAGAUCCUGAAGACGCUAUUUAUCCAGCAGAACUGAAUGCCCAUUUGAUUGAACAACUCAAGAUAAUGACGAGUGAAAACAAUCAACUGCGUAAAUGUAUCUUUACGAAAGACGAAGUAAUAAAGCAACUGAAUAAGACGAUUGCAGAUCUUAACCAAAGGAUCCGUGAUAUCAUAUCUGGAUCUGGACCAGCUAUAUCGUCGAAAUCAGCGGGUGUUAUUAGCGCCAAAAUUACGGGUCUAUGCAAACAAAACCGACACCUGAUUGCCGAAAUAGAAAGUUACAAGACUAAAAAUGCUGCUCUUGAACGAAAACUAAUGCAAUUAAAUAUUAUGAAUAGUGAAAACGAAAAACUAGAAGCCUGUCUUUGCAAAGAAGACGGUGAUGCAAACUCGGAUGAAUUAAAAGAUUUGAACAAUAAACUUUCAAUUGUUAAUAAAAAGUUAUAUGAAAGUAAAAAUAGAAAUCUUGAAUUGAAAAAUGAUAUUUUGAUAGCAACAAAAAUUUUACAACAGGAGCUUGGUGAUAAAUUUACGAGCAUCAAAGAUUUACAAAAUGAUAUUGCGGGUUGGAAAGGGCGAGCACAGCAAAUUGUUCUUCUUCAAGCAAGAGUUAGUGAACUCGAAGAAAAACUUCACGGGAAACAAAAGGACACAGUACAGACGAAGUGGAAGGAUCAAAAUCAAAUUAUACGUGAGUUAGAAAUGAAAAAGAAAAAAGAAGCAGAUCAAGCCAUAAAAGAUGCAGAUUUACUCAAAGAAGAUAAUCAGGAUUUGAAAAAAAAACUAGAAGGAGCUCGUUGUAGAAUAAGAAAUCUAGAAUGUGAUUCCACACUCUUAAGGCAGAAAAUUCAAACAUUUCUGGAAAAGAGUAAUCACGAUGAUCUUCUUAUAAAUGAACAAAGGAAUCAAAUAAAAAACUUGGAAAUCUAUUAUCAAGAAAUACUCAAAGAAAACACAUCAAAAUUUAAUAAAAUAAACGGUGAAGUUGGUGAAUAUAAAAAACUUAUUAAAAACACUGACGCUAAAAUUGAUGCUUUAAGGCAGCAAGCUUCAGAAAAAGCAAUGAAAAUAGAAGAAUUAAGAGCUCAACUGUUGAGAUAUGAGGAAUGUUCUUUACAAAGUAUAUUUUUUACGCCAAUGAAGACAGCGACUGACAAUGAAAUAAAAAAAUUAUCGGAACUUGUAUUAACUUUGAAUGAAAGAUUAGAUGCUGAACGCCGUAAGUGGGAGGAUUUGGAUUCGGCACACCGAAAACUCAAAGAAAGAAACAAGCGCGUAGAACGACGACUAACUUCAUUGGUAGAUGAAAUAAAAAUAUUAAAAGAUACGUCUAAGAGAGGUUCUAAAACUUCAAAAACUUUAUUAAGCAAAGAACAGAUAUUACAUGAGAAUAUCGCAGAAUCUACGGUUUUAAGGAAACUUUCAUCUACUGCAGCUUUAGAAAAACCGAGUACCGUAUUUUCGGGAUCGCCUGUAAGUGAAGAGUUUGAAGCUUUAGAUAAAGAAGAUCUAAAAUAUAAACUUGAAUUGGCCGACGAAAAAUUUAAAAUCAUGGAAGACAAACUAAGAAUGAUAGAAGAAGAAAAAUUGGAAGAUUGUAAGAAUUUUACAGAAAUGAUACAAACAUCGAAGCAACUUUUCCAUGAAGCCUUGGCAGUAUUAAAACGUGAGAAAUGCCAGUGUAUGUAAUUUUCAAUUGAUUGAAUAAUAUUAAUUAUAUUGUCAGUUUAUUUGCGAUUGAUUAAUUUCUGCAAUAUUAUCGUCAUUC